GAUGUAGAAGAAACUUUAAUGUAAAAAGCACAUCAAACUGCUUGGUAUAUAGGGGCUGAGACCUAUACCCCUGACAUUUGACUAGAAUUGUUUUAUCUGAAAACACUAACUAAGGAGGAGGUCAGGACAAAGCCCUGGAACCAGGAGGAAGCAUUCAGUAAAAGAUUGAUAAGGAAUCAACUUCAAGACAAUGUCUGAGUACAGCCACACCAUGUAUUACAAUAUGUUUUCAUCCAUUAUUGACCGGAUGGAUCCUGAAGAGCUUUUGGAAACAUCCCAUGCCAUCUACAGGGAAGUGUAUGGUGAAAUGAGGCCUCCGCCAGUGGUAGACUUGACCAAUGAUAGUGAUUGGAACGUUGUCAUGGUACCAGGUCCAUUCAGGUCUGAUCAGAAUUUUAGAGAAAGGACCACGGCAAUGGGAACUCCCUUGAUAAACGACCAGGAACAACUGCCCUGUGCCAUGGACAGCCACAUUAGACCACAGGAUCUGCCCUGUAUGACCGUUCCUCAAGACCUGGAGGAGGAGAAAACAUCUGGAAUAGUAGUGGAGUCGUGUCAGGCAUCAGACCAGACUCCUGUGCAACCUUCUUCUCCAAGGCCAAGAAGGCAAGUCCCUAGUGCAGUUACAACAGAUCAGCAAAUCUUAAGGAAGAGGCCUCUCGAUGUUGGGUCUGAUGUUAAACCUGCCACUGAUCCCAUCACUCCAGCAGAAACUAAAAGGUUUAGGGGCGCACAGGAUGAACGUCAGCCAGGUGCCAAAAAACCUCCAAAUGCCUUCAUGCUGUACGCAAAGGAGGAGAGGGCAAAGGUUGCGGCUGAACUUGGGUCAAGUCAUGCUGCGUUGGUCAAUAAAGCCCUCAGCCAAAAGUGGAGGUCUCUGUCAACCAAAAAACGGGCCAAAUAUGUUAGAGAAGCUGAGAAGCUGAAGAAGAUUCAUGUGAAGAAUUAACCAUGGUCUGAAAAACCCACCAG